AAAUAACGCUUUUAUGCCUAAUGUUAUGUUAGCUAUGACAUUUUCGAUGCUUUCUAGAGAACAAACAAAUGUCGCUUAACUGUGUGCUGUCUGAUGCGGAGGUCAUAUCGCAUAUAAUGGUAGCCAUCUCUUGUCAUUUUCCUGCCACCCCAAUAAAGUCAUUGGGUACGCCCUGGCCACCCCAGUGUAAAAGGUCUGGCUAUGCCCCUGGUGAUAGAUGAAGAAUUAGCAAGACAUGUAGAAAAAUCUAAUUUCGGGUAUGCAGACCUCUACAGAAAUGCAGUUAGUGAAGCCCUGUGGUAAAUUAGACAGGAAAAUAUUCUUGAUAGGCUAAUUAAAUCUCUCUAAGUUGCUGGAGAGAGCAGUAAUUAGAGGUAGUUACAGUCAGUUCCCACUUAUCGUCCUGCUGCAUAGUGAGCCAGCUUUAGGUUAUUUAACACACCGGUUCCUCUGCUCUGUCUCUCCUCCCUGUUUCUCACGUCUACACGACUCAGACCAGACAAGCAGUCGUUACAGCGAGACAGGAAGCAGUGAGAGCAGGCUUUACCGUCCUUAAAGCUUUAAAUUCGACCGAGCUACAGCGUCAUUCGCGUCAGUACCCUGCGUCAGAAAAAGCUUUAAUCUUGUCGCGUGCGUGCGUUUCUUUGUCGCGAGAGUUAUGGAGCUGCUGUUCCAGAUGUUGGACGAAACUUAAUUGAAGAGGAAAUCGCACUCGCUGUGCCGGGUAUUGCCUUCACCAUCUCGUCCUGGUAGCGACGGGGCUUUUUUUUUUUUUUUUUUUAAAUUUUCUCAAAGUUUUUUUACUGGAUACUAGGUUUGUUUAAAGCCGAAUGUACAUCUUUAAUACAGAUGUAUUGAUGUAAUCGACUCGAGAUAAGUUUACAGCUUAUGUCAGAGAAACAGAAAUGGAAAUUCCGCUGACAGUCUUCCUAGGCUCAGGGUAAGAGCAACUCAAUGAUGAUCCCAAACAGUACAUGUGAAAAUGUCACGCACAUCCAAGUGCAAAAGAACCCUGGGAACCUGGUGGUCAGCGCCAUCAUGUUUCUUGCUGGUGUGGUGGGUAAUCUGCUAGCUCUGGCCAUUCUCGGGGUCCACCAAAAAGAACGACGAACCAAAUCCUCGGUCUUCUGCAUCCUAGUAACAGGACUUGCUGUGACAGAUCUGGCAGGGACGUGCUUGCUCAGUCCACCGGUGUUUGUGUGCUACGCUCAUGCUACCUCCCUGGUGGGCUUAACUGGGGACAUGUAUCUCUGCGGCUCCUUUGCCUUCGCCAUGACCUUCUUUGGCCUGGCAUCCAUGCUGAUCCUGUGUGCCAUGGCAGUAGAGCGCUGCCUGGCCAUCAGCCACCCAUAUUUCUACUCCAAGCACGUACGGCGCCACUUCGCCAAGGUUGCGCUCUUUCUUAUCUACCUUUUUACAGGUGCCUUCUGCCUGCUGCCCGUCUUUGGCAUUGGCCGCUACAAGCAGUACUGCCCUGGCACAUGGUGCUUUAUCAAAAUGGAGGCUGAGGGUGAGGGUGAGAAAGAGGAGAGGCUCACGCUCGCUUUCUCCCUUUCUUAUUCUCUGCUAAUGGCCUUGCUCAUUGCUGUUGUCUUUGUCUGUAACGGCUCAGUCAUCGUCAGUCUAUGCCGCAUGCAUCGCAGCCAGAUCACGCGCCGAGGUUCUGUGGUCUCAACAGGGCGCAAGAAAAGGCUUAGCACCUGGUUUGGCCAGGGUGAGGAGGAGAUGGACCACCUGUUGCUGCUGGCCUCCAUGACUAUCAUCUUCGUCAUUUGCUCCUUGCCUCUCACCAUUUUUGGCUUCGUCAAUGCCAUCAGCACAGUAGGCAACGACCAGCGGAACCUGCUGGCGUUCCGUUUCUCUGCCCUCAACCCCGUAGUGGACCCCUGGGUCUUCAUCAUCUUCCGCAAGUCCAUCUUCCAGCAUGUGCGAGCGCUCUUGCAUUGCCGCUUUAGCAAGGCGGCAGUGAAGAGCACAGCCCAAGAUGGCCUCUCACAUCGCUUAGAGACAAUGGUGCCUGCAGAGGCCACCACUCUCCAGAGCAAAAUGUUCUGUAGCAUCCCUCAGUGAGAGCCAGCAACAAAUGAGGGGCCAAGGGACAUACUGAAAUCUAGAGACAUUUCAUGCAUUUGUUAAUAUUCAGUAACCGCUUUAUCUUGGCCAGACCUUAUUUCAGAAACACUGGGUGUGAUGCAGGAAUACACACUGGAUUGGAUGCCAGUCCAUCACAGGAUUCACACAUACAGGCAAUUUUGUAUCCCUACUCCACCUACUGGCAUGUUUUUGGUAGGUGGGAGGAAACCAGGGAACGUGGUGAAAAUCCCCAGUGGACUUGGGAAGAACAUGCAAAACUAGAGCUCAGUAAUGUACAGAUUGAUGGACAGUAUGUACAAUAUAUAUAUAUAUAUAUAUAUAUAUAUAUAUAUAGUGUGUGUAUGUGUGUGUGUAGGAAUGGGCCUUCUUAUGGCCUGUAUGUACAUUCCUAAGUAUGUGAAGCACAAACCAUGUUUGAGCUAAAGAGUACUUCAGAACUACUGUUGUCUACAAUAGCCAGCUAUUCCCUUUAGAAAGACAGUAGUGUAUCAUUAAUAAAUAUGGAAGGUUUAUCAUUAAAAAAAAAAAAAAUCGAGUAACACUCACUGGCCAUUUUAUUAGGGACAUCCGUACCCAUGCUCAUUCAUGCUAUUAUCCAAUCAGCCAUGGUGGCAGCACAGUGCACAAAAUCAUGCAUAUGCAGGUCAAGAGUUCAGUUAAUGUUCACAUCAAACAUCAAAGUGGGGGAAAAAAAUGUGCUCUCAGUGACUUUGACUGUGGCAUGGUUGAUGGUGGCGGGCGGGGUUGUUUUUGUGCUCAACUCCUGGGAUUUUCACACACAACCCUCUCUGGAGUUUACACAUAACGGUGCGAAAUACAAAAAAAAACAAAACAAAAAAAACACCAGAAACCUGCCAUAGUUGGAGUCACUGAUAUGACAUUUUUUCCCCACUCCAGUGUCUGAUGUGAACAUUAAAUUAAACUCUUGACCUGUAUCUGCAUGAUUUUAUGCAUUGUGCUGUUACCACAUGAUUGGCUGAUUUUAUAAUUGCGUGAAUGUGUAGGUUCGCAGAUUUUACUGAUAAGACUGGGUGAGUGUAUAUGUCAGUUGAUCUGUGUAACACCAUUCCUUCACCUCUAAUGAAAUGCAAAUGAAUAAGAAGACAGUAAUUCUUUAGUUUGGUUCCCUCAUUUCAUGCUAACCAUAAGCAUUUUAAAUACAUCCUUAAUAAACCUUGGCAUGUUUACAGGUUAGUACAUUUUUCUCAAAAUCAUAGAAUUUAUUAAUUUUGUAAAUGUCUUAAUGUAGUUCUGUAUAUUUGCACUUCUCCUCCUUCAGUGUGAAGGUAGGUGCUCUUUUCACAUUGUCUCAGUUCAUUUCAAGGCUACUGUCACAAUGCAUCUGUUAAAUACCUGGAACAGGUAAUACGUAUCAUAUGAGUUUUACUAGGAUCCAAACUAAACUCUGAAUUAAGCUAGAAACCGAGUGAAGUGUUGUAAAUAUUGCUUUUAGUGCAUGCAGUGUCUUUUGGUUAGACAUUGGUUGUGCAAAAAUAAAUUACAUCUAAUCACACGAACACAGUGUUUAAUAUUGCAAGAUGUUAGAGUUAUGAGGUUCCAUCUUAUAAUUCUUUGUUUAUUAUAUUGAGCUUCAAAGACUUGACUCUCUGCAGUUCAGACACAUAACCUUCUCUCUCUUAACUUUUAAACAGUACUGUGUAGAAUUCAACACAUCCGUGUACAUUCUGGGUCUUAUAAACGUAUACAUUUAAUUUAAUCAAACAUGGCAAAAGCUCAUAAUUUCAAAGUCACAAUUGUCCAUCUUUUUAAAAGUUUUUCAGUGGUCGUUUUUAUUCACGUCUCUCAGCACAGAAAAAAAUUUGCACUUUCUGUUAGCUGGGUACUUGGUCUCUGUGGUUUGUUGUUUGUAAUGUGACAAAGAACAGAUUUUAAUACAACAUGUGGUAUCAAUCAUUUAUGUUGUUAAAAUCCUAAAAAUCAUUUUUGUGGUGUCUGAAACAUCUUGGUUUUGCCUGACCUUCUCUUUUAGCUCGUGGCGCAGUUAUAAUUCAUACUCUGCCUAAAUCAAAGUGCUGUACAGAUGCUUUUAGAACUGUUCUCAGUGCAAAUGCUUGACGGGAAUCACAAACACAAAGCAUACUGUGAGCAGGAGAUAAUUUUACCUUCCAUAGUUGGCUGCUGGAACAUUUUUGCUAUCACAAAAAUGCCCUGGUGAUUUGUAUACACAGCGUUUGAGGAAGUGGAAGGCAUUAAUAUCAGCAGUGGGAAGUGUGCAGGUGGUCUCCCCGAACUUUCAAAACAGACAUAUCCUCCAUUGUAUAUGUGGUAGCGGUUUUGUAGAUAACAAGUCCGUAGUUCCAUUUUUUCCAACUUCCAUUGUUUUAACAGAAUAUUACAACCACUUGCUAUCACACAUCAUAUGUAAACCAGUUAUCUAUGAAAUAUACUAGAGAUGUUCUUAUUUGAUAAAUGCAUUUUUUUGUGUUUGUAAAGGAAAUCCUCAGUGGUGUAUAUAGCAGUGAAGUCUUUGUACGUACAGUACAUGCUAUGUCUGGUUUGUGUGAGUUUUGUGUGCAGCAUAUAAAGCUUUUCUCAUUCUGACUUGCA